AUGAGCGCCAUCCGAGCCUGGAGACCGUCGGCCGUCCCCGCAUCCACGCACCAUUUCCAGUUCGCGGGCUUCCUGUCGACAUUCCUCAUCCCGCUGGGCGUGUUCAUGUACGCGGUCCGAGAUCCGGCCAGCGUUGCCGAGGCGAAGAGAAGGGCGGAACGGCGACGGAAUGGGUUCAAAUAG